GCUGAGAGCGUUGACGGUGAAGACAGGCUGUUGGAAGGCCACGCUUUGGAAGUGCAGAAGUGCUUCAGACCACCCAUCUACUCAUGUCACCGCGCGACCACAGUGAUACAUAUCCGCAAUUUCCGCAGGAACUGAUUGAUCUUAUCUGCGAGUUCCUGCGGCUGGAUCCUUUCACGUUAACGAGGUGCUGCCUCGUUUGCCACGCUUGGUAUCAGGCUGCGCGGCACCUCUUCUGGCACGAAAUGCUCUGGCUGUUCAGCCGUGAGGCCUUGGACGACUUCGCGCACACGCUCAUCUCAAAAGGCAACCGAUCGUACGGCAAGAACUUUGAUAAUCUGCAUAUAUGGGAGGACUCUCGACGGCCGAUUGCGCACAUCUGGCCGAUGCGCAUCCCCGGAUAUCUUCUGCCACGGGCGAAGGUGCUAGAGCUGUGCAACUUCGACUGGGCCGCGACCAGACCACACGACCUUUUCUUUCACUUCCUCUCGUACUACACCAGCAUCACCACUCUGGAAAUCAAGCAGAGCCGUUUUCGCAACGCAACGGAACUCCGUAGGAUUUUCAACGCACUUCCGAGCCUCGAACACCUCGUUCUCCAUGGCGUCACGCUGCAGCACCCGCUCAUGCCGGGAUCUAUGCCCAGCUCCGUUUCUUCGCGGCGCAACAAGCUCACGACACUCCGUUUUUGGAACGAGGCUGACGUGCCCGCGGAGUGGGACGCUCACAAGCAGGAAAACAGCCGAUCUUUGUUGGACGUAUGCGCCGCAUACUCAUCUGUAGUCGACCUAGCUCUGGACCUGCGCUACUACUCCUCGCUUUCCCAUCUCCAUCAGUAUCUCAGUCAUUUCCCCAAACUAUCCUGCUUGCGGCUACAGGAUGCGAUCAGCCCGCAUGUCGAACCCGCGACGGCAGCAGACACGGCCCCGGUGUACUCAGUCGACGCACCCGCUCUCUCGCUCUCGACUUUCGAACUCUCUGACGUACCCAUGCCCUGGGCGUCGCAGGUUUUGGAGCUGGUAUCGACCCAGCGAGCGUGUAGCCACCUGGGCGACCUGCUGUUCGCAUUCAGGGAUAGCAGCCCGUCUGCGGAGCUUGCAGCCCGCAUUACGGAGGUGCUGCGUCUCACUGGAGCCGGCCUCAAGACGCUCCGGUGGAGAGGCGAUCUUACUGAAGACGAAAUGCACAAGGGCUUUCCGCAGCUUGGAGCAAGCACAUCGCUGACAGGACUAGUGGUGGAGUUCCGCCGCGUCAGUUCGUCGCUGCCGAGGAUCCAGGGGGUUCUGAGCACCUUGUUGACUGACAUUCAAAGCCCACAUCUGGAGCGCCUCCACAUCACGAUUUACCUGUCCCACUACGAGACUUCUCUAGAGGGAAGCGAGCCCGCCGAGACAGCCCCUCCUCCGGCUAACUCUAUCCUCACUUUCCACGGCAUCCUCUCUCGCAGCGUUUACGACAAUCUUCCGGUGUCUGCUGCCGCGGCCGAUGCCAGCCAGUCGUACGCGGAUGUAUGCAUCGAACUCGUGAUGGAGGGAUCGCAGCAAAGCGCUGCCGGGAUGUCUACGAUCAAAACAUACGUCAUCGCGCUGUUCGCGCCGUGGCUGGAUCGCGGGGUCUUGCAGCUCCGCGUCUUUCCCGAUCCUGACGGCGAAUGGUCCGUCACUCAUGUUCCCUCAUCGGUACUCUCUGAGACGCACGUCAGUAUCACGGAAGUAUGGGACUCGGACGACAAUGAACACGGAGGCGAGCGCGAUGUCAGCGGAGAUGCAGAGAUAGAAGAUGCAAAGGUAUCUGUAGCAUAGACGGUGUGCUUAUUUUGCAGGACCGACCGUCGUUAUCCUAGACCUCCACACAAUGAUACCAUUGGAACGUGCUGCCAAGAUCAGCCCUCGGACGACGCGAUUGAGUCUAAGCCCGGGUCCUCGAAUUGUACGACGCAACACGUCGAAGCAGCGGUGUCUACUAGUAGAUCACGAGCACGGAACGCGUCCGCGGCGCCGUUCAGCUCUAAGGGAGCUUUUUCCU